AUGGGCUCCCAGCCGGCUACUGCGGGACCGUUACAUGCACCACGGACCAUUCGUGGCACUGAACCUGGUCUCCUUGACCCGACCCAACCCUCCCGUCUAUUGCGUGCUCCAGAUUCCACGCUCUCCUUCGCGUCCUUCGAUCCUCGUACCGCUCUUGCUGGCGAAGAUAUCCCAGACCUGCAUAAACUAUCUAUCGGCGAGGAUCUUCCCCCUCCCAAACGUAUUGUCAUCGAAACAACACCCAAAGGUACGAGCUUCUGGAGGUUUGUGCCAAAAGCACGCUUGGAUGCAGAUGUGCGCGAUGAGGGCUUUUGGCCACGAGUAAUCGAAAUAUGCGGGCAACACGUGUUUUGCUACCAAGAGCAAUGGGAGAUUUACAAGCUGGACCCGGAAUAUCGGUGCACUGUUCACUUUGGCUUUAAAUUUACAUCUGUUGUGAGGGUUGACCCCAAGGCUCAGCGCUCUAGAGCUCCUUCACUGCCAGGCCCAAAACGCGCACGCGCACGCACGCCUACCCCUGAAGCGGAUAACCUACUUCCGAGAAAAAGAGCGCGUUCGCAGCGCGCUCGUGUAGACAGUGAUCACAGCAACGACAGUGAAUCUGACGGGGACGAAGAAGAAGUGGAACAAAUGAUUGUUGAUGGCCUUCUUCGUCCAAGAACCAAGCCCCUGUCGAAUGCCGUACGAUCUGGAAGAGAAGAGUUGAAAAAGGAGCGAGACAAUCGAUGGCAGAAGAUUAAGGGAGCACAAGCGAAAUAUAGCCAAGAGUCUCAGGCUGACGGACAACCGAUGGCCAUGGACGCGGAACAAUUUGCAUCUCAGAGCAAUACUGGGCCUGCUGGCCCGCAAGCUGAAGAGAAUGCCAAACGAAAAAGUUUUUGUCUGACGAAGGUGAUAGAAAACGGAUUUACCGCUGACACGGACGACGAACUGCCACAAAAUCAUACUCCUACCAAUGGCCAUGUGCGAAAGCGUCAGCGGACCGUAUCACCAAGUAAGGCCAAGCAGGCUUUCAAUCACUCAAAGAUGAAACGGGAAACACGAAAACAAGCAAAAGUUAGGGCAAUGGACGAACGCCAUCAAAAGGGAUUCAAAAAAGUAUUUGCCGAUUAUUACCCGAUCGAUAUCGACGAACUGCUGAGUGAUCAUAAUGUGCAAUCGACAUAUCCUCAGCCCGCGGACUCGCAAGAGCAGUCCGAGUCUCGUAAGAGUGAAGAGUCGGACGAAGAGGCAACGCGCCAAGCCGAGCUUGCAGAGUCCAUUCGCAAAAUGCGAGAACUUGACCGGGAUAGACCUCUUUGGGAAGAACAGCGAAGAAAGCGUGAGGCGCUUGAGCGUGCUGAAGAACAAGAGCGCCAGGCCAAAGCUGAACAGCGGAGAAGAGCUGAGGCAGAAAGACAAUGGCAGCAACGUGAGGAGGCCGAACGUCAGGCACGCCAGCUCCGAGCGGAAGCUGAACGACGUGAUGCAGAAGAAGCAAGGCGACGGCAAGAACAGCGACGGUUUAAACAGCGCCAACGCUGGGAGUCUGGUACGUGGACGAGUCAUCGAGCCCUGGAACGAUACAGGGUUCUCAGUGAAGAGUUUGACGCUGCGAAGUUCACGCCUGAUCAGCCGAUCGCUUUUCUUGACAUCCCGUGGCCUGUGCUCCAUCAUCCUUCCUAUCUAACAGUCGAGGAUGUCGACUGGUCUGCGGUGGAGAGAUUUUUUGCAACUGUCAAGACCUCCAUGCGAUCUCAAGAUUACAAAGAUUUCGUAGAAAGAAGUCAUCGGCGUUUCCACCCGGAUAGAUGGCGUGCCCGUAAGCUGUGGUCAGCUAUUCGGGAUGAUGUAGAACGCAGCUGCCUCGAGGUUGCCGCUAAUACAGUUGCCCAAGCUAUAACACCGAUCUGGAGAGAAGUGAGACCACACUGA